GGUGAAUCGUCGUUCGCUCCCUGUAUUUGGUGUCUGAUCGUGCCCGAGACAAGUUCACUCCAGCAAACGUCAAGGCCAGCGCGGAAGAAUCUCUAACACGCUCUCUUUCUCUCUCUCGCAUAUACACACACACAGUUGCUGUAAAACAUGGCCACCGUUACGGAAGUUGGAGGCAUCAAGACCGGCAAGCUGCUGAUCGAGGGCAAGACGAAGCAGGUGUACGAUGUGCCGAGCAUGCCGGGUCACUCGAUCCUGCUGAACAAGGAUCGCAUCACCGCCCACAACGGUGUGCGGGCGCACGAUCUCGAGGGCAAGGCGAAGAUCUCCAAUCAAACGAACGCGAAAGUGUUCACGCUGCUGAACCGGGCCGGUCUCAAGACCGCGUUCGUGCGCAUGAUCUCCGACAACGCGUUCCUCGCGCGCAAGUGCGACAUGGUGCCGAUCGAGUGGGUGACGCGCCGGGUCGCGACCGGUUCGUACCUGAAGCGCAACCCGGGCGUGAAGGAGGGCUACCGCUUCGCGCCGGCCAAGGUCGAGACGUUCUUCAAGGACGACGCGAACGACGAUCCGCAGUGGAGCGAGGAGCAGAUUGUGUGCGCCGGCUUCAAGGUGAACGGUGUGACGAUCGGCCAGGACGAGGUGGACAUUAUGCGCCAGACGACAGCGCUCGUGUUCGAGGUGCUGGAGCGGGCCUGGGCCACCCGCAACUGUGCGCUGAUCGACAUGAAGAUUGAGUUCGGCGUCGACGCGGACGGGCAGCUGCUGGUGGCGGACGUGAUUGAUUCCGACUCGUGGCGCCUCUGGCCGGCGGGCGACAAGCGCAUGAUGGUGGACAAGCAGGUGUACCGCAAUCUGGCGAACGUGACGGCCGCCGAUCUCGACGUGGUCAAGCGCAACUUUACCUGGGUCAGCGACGAGCUGGACAAGAUGGAUGCACCGGCCAGCCACCUGGUGGUCAUACUGAUGGGGUCCGCCUCGGACAAGGAGCACUGCGAGAAGAUCGCCAAGCACUGUGCCGCGCUCGGGCUGAACGCGGAGCUGCGCGUGACGUCCGCGCACAAGGGCACGCAGACGACGCUGCACAUGGUGAGCGAGUACGAGAGCGUGCUGAGCGAGCUGGUGUUCAUCACGGUGGCGGGCCGGUCGAACGGGCUCGGCCCGGUACUGUCCGGCAACACCAACUAUCCCGUCAUCAACUGCCCGCCGGUCAAGCCGGAAAAUGUCGAGCAGGACGUGUGGUCGAGCCUGAACCUGCCGUCCGGGCUGGGCUGUGCGACCGUCCUGUACCCGGAGGCGGCCGCCCUCCACGCCGCCCAGAUACUGGGCAUGAAGAACUUCCUCAUCUGGAGCAAGCUGCGCGUGAAGCAGCUGGACAACUUUGCCAGCCUGAUCAUGGCGGACAAAAAGAUGCGCGGCGUACGCUCCAACUAACGCCACUAUUAUAUUUCGUUAUUUGCCCCGCGUUUUACCCACGCAAUCCUAGAAUAAAUAUCCUGUAAAUGAGUUGUUUGCUUUGUACAAAAAAAAAUUGUAAUUUUUGGUCCUGUUCCGCCAAUCGACGUGGCCGAUCGUUGGUGACGUCGGUGUUGAUGUUGCUAGAAUAAUGCGAUGCAGCCGAAGUACACAAAAACUGCCGCAAGGAUUGAACUAUCUAGCUCAGGGACGAGAGAGUGGACCUUCGCGAGAUGUUCCAGUUCGUAACCUUUGCUGUCGCAUGGGAACAGCCCGAGGGGAGGUGUCAAAAGGCAAAUUAAAUGCCAUUUAGCUUCAUCUAAGCCGAGAGCCUUGGAGAUUGUGUGUACAUUGAGGAGUUAAUCAGAUGUUACUGUUUAAAUAACAGAGCAACUGUUGACAGCUUCCGGAUAGGAACAUUGCCUUUGUUUGUGUUGUAGAUGUGUAUUAUAGUAAUUUGUUAGGUCAGUCAUAUCAGGCUAGUUUUCUUCAAUGAACGAAUAGCUUGUAUUCUUUUAAACAACUUCAGGCAGUUCCUUGAUAUCUUUAUAGCAGUGAAGAUAAAUUAUGUAGAAUAGUUCAGAUUUUAGUGUCAUUAGAUUCUUUUUCGGGCGGGUCUGGUGGGACAGUCGUCAACUCGAACGAAUUAACAACAUGCCCGUCAUGGGCUCAAGCCCCGAAUAGACCGUGCCCCCAUACGUAGGACUGACAAUCUUGCUACGGUAACAAAAAAUCACUGAAAGCCAAGCCCACUUCACUAGUAGGUACAGACAGACCUUGACCGGCAGCGGUUGUGUCAAAAAGAAGAAGAUUCUUUGCAGUUUCAGCAGUAUUUAAGUUAUAUGUGAUUUUACGCAUAUUUCUUUCUAUUUAUUUUUCUUUAUAUUUUAUUUUAUAUUUCGGCUUUAUAUCAUUUAUAGGACAUUUAAGAUCACCUAUUGGUUCACUGUAGCCUAUAUGUAUCUAACUAGCAGGUCGUUUUAACAUAUUUUUUGUGAAUAUUAAUUCUUUCAUGAAAUUAGUGUUAAACUUUCAUGCCUUCAGAAGUUUAUUUUAAGUACCAAAUAGGCGUUCUACAACAUUCUAACAACUUCUGUAUAACGCUUGCAGCAGUCCAGUAAAACCCGUUUGACGUCUAUUCAAAUAUUUAGAACAAAAACCAACCGCCUAAAAGCUCUAACUUUUCUGGAAGCUGCGCUCCAGAGAUUGAACGAGCUUUAACGAAGAAUCAGCGGACCAGUGCAUACUUACAGCGCAGCGCAAGAAAGCUUAGCCGUAAAUGAGCGUUUCAAUAUUUGAAUGUUUCACUCGGGGAUACCAGCAGUAGUGUAGUAACUGGUGUUGUUUGUAGUAAGCCUUUCACAGUUAACAAAACAACACGAAGUUUAACCUAGAGAGGUCUUGCCGUGGUAAUGUCUACCAAUGGUUUAGCAAAGCCAAGUUCCGUACCCAAUCAGGUGUGAAAUAUUGAGAGUUCUGAUUACACUGUCGCGUCACCGAAGGCCAUUAAGCGAACUGUACGCUCUACGCGGAGGGCGUUUGCUAAUUGUACAGCGUGUCCAAGCGGGCUUGGAGGUCCCCUCCUUGCCACUCGGCCGAGGACAGUCGAGGCUUUAGGGGAAAGCUUUUAAUAUCCCAACAGCACCACUUGACGAUUGUGAGGCAUCCGCUAGCGACGCCCAUAUCUCGAUAUCUUCAUCCGCGUGUUACUGCUCGCUAUCGGGAUUGUAGCUGGGGCCGUGCAUGCAGCAGACGGAUGACGGGGGCUCUUUACUAUCUCUCGCUUUCUCGGCCCGGCCGCCAGCACCGUGAUUGCUCCACCUUCGCCGGCAGUCCAGCGGCGCUCCGAAAGUCCCGUUCCCAUGCUACAUUGUGGCGUGAAUUGACAUUGGACCAUUGCUGUCCGGCGGUUUAUCUGCCACAAUAUGUAUUCCCUUCGCUUGAUAAGAUAUUACGUGUACGGCAGCAAUAUCAAAACAAUACCGCCACACCAGAAGCGAAGAUCCGUGGUGCAAUACGGUGCUCAGCGCGUCAUCACCAGCGUGAAUCUCGCUCCAAGAACGCUCUCCCUUUUCGGAAGAGCUCCUGACGCGCGCCUCAUCAGCUGCUCGACUGCUGCUGCCCAAUGGUUUCAGAUGCGACGAUCCUUCGGCUCGCGCGAGCGGCCAGAGCUAAGCGCGAAUUGGAGGCGCGCAACAUAUUAGCAGAAAACACAUAAAAACUCGGCCUGAUCGGGCGGCGUCGCUCGCGCGUCGCGAACUCCCCGGGCGCGGCGAUAAGAAUCGCAUUGAUCGAGCAAUUAGUCAGUCAUCCGUCGGUACUGGUGCGGUGCGGAUACACACAGACCGGUGCGAACGGUGCUGCCGAACGGUUGCGUCCUUGGAAGUCGUCUUCAAACACAUACAAACAGUGGCCCUCAAAAAACUCCGAAAACCAGUAUUUCUUCAAAAAGCCCCUCCUGACGUGGAAUUGCUUCGGUUGAGCGCGUCUUGUAGAUGGCGUCCAGUUGAAGUGGGAAAGUUUGAAUUUCGAAUAGACGCUACUACGCCUCAGCCACCCUC